CGUACUUCUGCAAUUGUUACCUAAGAUGCUUAUUGCCAGGAGAUUGUAUAGUCAGUUCAAGCCGGCUGACCGGUGUCUUAUUCGCAUCAAGGACGCAUUAUUCCAAGCUGGUGUUGGAUCCAAGGAUAACCCGGUGUUCGGUAAACCGAUUGAGAAAUUUGAAGCUUAUAAACCAGGAAACGGGACUGAACAAGAAUCGUUGUGGGCAGUGACUGGACCGGCCAAGUCACUUUUUCUAAAUGUUUUGGCCGGGAAGUAUAUUCCCAAUCCUCCACUUUCCCGCCAGUAUCCCUUUAUGGCUAAGACGUAUAGGUAUGAUCAAGUACAAUUUCUCAAUUUUAGAGAACUGAGUGGAUUAGAUUCUGUUCACAUGUCUGCCAGAUACGAAAGCUAUUCAUAUAAGGGGGCUUUAGAGAUGAGUGAUGAUGUAAAUUGCGUUAAGAAUUAUAUUACCGGUAAUAAUAAUUAUAAUAAGAAUAAGGAUGGAGAAGAUGAAGAGUACGUGAAGAAGUUAAUGAAUUAUUUCAAUUUGGACCAUCUUAGUGGGAAAUGGAUUAAUUCGUUGAGUAAUGGACAGAUGAGACGAGCCCGUAUUGCCAAAGCGUUAAUUGGGAAUCCUAGUUUAUUAAUAAUUGAUGAUCCAUUUUUAGGAUUAGAUCCAGAAGCAACCGAAUUAGUUUCGCAGAGUUUAUAUAAAGUUAGCCAGGAAUUAUCAACCGGAAUAAUUAUUGGAUUGAGAAUGCAAGAUAAGGCCCCCGAAUGGAUCAGCCAUCUUUGUUAUAUCACCGAAGAAGAAGGGUUGAAAGAUUCCGGACCGAUUAGUGAGAUUAAACCUAAAAUUGAAAAUGAAUUGAAGCAAGUCUCCAAAUUACAUUCGCAACAUGAAAAAUCAUUACGUUUACAGGAGUCGCAGUUAGAAGCUAUCAAUAACGACCAGCUUUGUCCUGACAGUAUCCCACACAUUGAAUUCAAAGGAGCCUCAGUUGUUUAUCGAGGAUUACCAGUAUUGGAAAACUUUUAUUGGAAAGUCGAAAAAGGAUCUAACUGGAGAAUCUUGGGCAAUAACGGUACCGGUAAAACAACCUUGCUUUCUCUAGUUACCGCCGACCACCCGCAGUCCUGGAGGUCCGUGGUCUCAAUCGAUGGAACCGUUCGUAAAACUGGUAAUGGGAUUUCAUUUUUCGAUGUCAAUAAUAAGAUUGGAAUCUCAUCUCCAGAGCUACACGCCUUGGUGCCGUCCAGUUCUAGAACCAUGUACGAGAUCAUCUAUAAUGGGUUGGUUAAGGAUGUGGGUAACUCUAAUUUUCAAUUUAGAGGUGAUCCUGCUAAGAUUGAUCCCUUUGGCAUGCAUAUCUUAGAUAAAUUUCAAGAUCGAUUAUCUCUAAAUGGCAACAAGCUUUUCGGAGAGUUAUCUAUAAGCGAUCAAAAGCUUUGUCUUUUCCUAAGAGCAAUUAUCAAGAAUCCAGAGAUUCUUAUAUUAGAUGAAGCCUUUUCUUGCAUGGACGACGAAGCCAUAAUGGCCCGAUGCCACGAGGUCGUCGACCACGAGUUGAAACACACCACGGUGCUAGCAAUCGGCCACAUCGACUGGGAAAUCCCACAAUGUAACUACUUGUUGAAACUAACUGGUGAUAACAACCGUAGUUAUCAAUUAAUGAAAUACCUUUAGCAGCAAAAAAUAGCUUAUUAACAAUAGACUGAAAUGCACGGGUGUAGACUCGGGACUCUCUUUUAAUUACCCACGUUUUUGUGUAAAAUUGUCUCUCGCUCCGGGUGUUUUGUGCCAAAAAACGUCAUUUGCGGAACGCGCGCGAAAAAAACGACAACGACACAACGACACAACGCCUACUAACACCCGCUGGCGGAACCUUCUGGCGCACUGGAGAGCUGACAGACUGGAGAGCUGCCAGACUGGAACACUGGCAGACUGGUUUACGGCUGGCAUUAUAUAUCAUACCCACGGGCAGCUUGUAGAAGGUGUCGCUUAUCUACAGGGAUACAUUGUGUAGGGAAAUUGGGUUCAGCAGGCUUUGUUCCCCUAUUUUUCUGA